GGAUGCUAUUAUGGACGCAYUAAWRACUACCKGUGAAGAUCAACAAGGGAAUUACAAAACAAUUUUGAAGCGAUUGACAGACUUAAUUAARGCCAAGAAACUUAGAAAAAGAAUGUUGAUCCUCUCUUUUCUCUGGAUGUCCGUUAGCAUGUCAUUUUAUGGAUUUAUAUUGUAUGUGCCGAGCCUGUCAGGAAAUCUGUACCUCAACAUGUUUCUGCUGUUUUUGGUUGAUUUACCGCACACCCCCAUUGGAUGGUUUCUUAUGCAAACGAUUGGUCGUCGUUUGACGAUAUCUCUGUUUUACUUAUUUGGUGGGGGUAUUUGCCUUCUAUCUUUGGCCGUCAAAGAGACGCUUGGUGAAAUAAUGCACCAAACGAUAGAGGAGGCAGAAACAUCACCGGACAGCUACACAAUACCCUGCUGUCCUUGGAGAAAAGACUUUGCCAAGAUACCAAUGGAAGAUCUUGAUGAAGAAGCAAAUGAUGAAACAAAAAUUUAA